CUCUUCACAACAACCUUACCUUUUCUUCUUCUUCAUCUGAGAAAAUGAGGCCUCAGGCCAUUUUCUUUCAAUUUUUACUUGGAACAUUGGCUUGGUUUGGUAUCUUCUGCCUGACCAAUGCAGAAGAUGCUUAUGUAUUCUUUAACUGGGUAGUUGAAUAUGGAGAGGCUGCUCCUCUUGGUGUUAAACAACAGGUCAUCAUGAUCAAUAAGCAAUUUCCAGGACCGACUAUUAAUGGCACCACUAACGAUAACAUUGUUGUCAAUGUCUACAACCACUUGGAUGCACCUUUGCUCCUUACAUGGAAUGGAAUUAAAAUGAGAAGGAUGUCAUGGCAAGAUGGAGUGCUGGGAACCAAUUGUCCCAUUCCUCCCAACACAAACUGGACAUACCAUUUUCAGUUGAAAGACCAGAUUGGAACCUACAUCUACUUUCUUUCAACUGCAUUGCAAAGAGCUGCUGGUGGUUUUGGGGCUCUCAAUAUUAACCAGAGGUCUGUGAUAACGAUCCCAUAUCCUCAACCUGAUGGUGAAUUCACCCUGCUUGUUGGUGAUUGGUACAAAUCAGGCCACAAGGCAUUAGAGCAAAGGCUGGAUUCAGGAGUAGCUCUUCCUUCUCCAGAUGGUGUACUCAUAAAUGGGGAACAUGGAAAGGCUGUCUUCACAGGUGAAAGAGGCAAAACAUACAAAUUCAGGAUCUCAAACGUGGGUAUAACUACAUCAAUCAACUUCAGGAUCCAGGGACAUACAAUGAUCCUGAUCGAAGUAGAAGGAGCUCACACUAUGCAGGAUGUGUACGAGUCCCUGGAUAUCCAUGUGGGUCAAUCUGUAGCUGUCUUGGUCACCUUACAUUCUCCACAACUCAAAGACUUUUACAUUGUGGCUUCCACUCGUUUUACAAAGCCUUUCCUCACCACCACCGCAAUUCUUCACUACUAUGGCUCCAAUACUCCAGCCUCCCUUCCACUACCUAUUGGCCCGACUUAUCAAGUUCACUGGUCCAUGAAGCAGGCUAGGACAAUUAGAUUGAAUUUAACAGCAAACGCAGCAAGGCCUAAUCCUCAAGGCUCAUUCCACUACGGCACAAUACCGAUUGUAAGGACACUUGUUCUGGAAAAUAGAGCUGCUAAGAUAAAUGUGAAGCUACGGUAUACUGUUAACAGCAUCUCCUAUGUCGAUCCAGACACCCCAUUAAAGCUCGCUGACUGGUACAACAUCCCUGGGGUCUUCGACUUCAAGACCAUACAGGACAGACCCACUAAGGCUCCUGCAAAACUCGGCACCUCUGUUUUUGACACAGCCCUUCAUGACUUCGUUGAAAUUAUCUUCCAAAACAAUGAUACCACAGUCCAAUCCUGGCAUUUUGAUGGAACCAGCUUCUUCGUUGCUGGAUUUGGUAAAAGUCCAUGGACAGAAAACAUGAGGAAACGCUACAACAUGGUGGAUGGAAUCUCGAGACACACCGUUCAGGUGUAUCCAGGUUGUUGGAGUGCAAUAUUAGUGUCUUUAGACAACAAGGGGAUGUGGAAUUUGAGGUCACAAGACUGCUCGAGGACGUACUUAGGACAGCAAGUGUAUGUCAGAGUUUGGAACAACGAAAAGAGUCUCUAUACUGAGGCAGACAUCCCAGAUAAUGCACUGUUCUGUGGCAAGGCUAAAAAACUCGUAUAGAAGUAUUGUUGUUGGUGUAAUUUGUUUAAUUUCUUAUUAUUAUUAUUUUUUCAUCUUAAGUUUGGUCAGUUACGAGGGUGUGAUUGUAUUAGGCAAGAAAAUGGGGAUGACAAAGAGAGCAAGGCAAAAAAUUUAGAAUCCUGCUCUGUGCUUCAUUAGUUUCCAAUUUGAAAUGGUAAUAAAGUUUAUAUGCAAUU